AUGGCUGAGCUCACACUGUUUCUGCUGGAUAGGAUGUCAGGCUGUUUCCACACUGCAGCUCACAAACACACACACACACACACACACCUGAGAGAGCUGGACCUGAGAUACAAUCACCCAGAAGACUCAGGAGUGAGAGCACCGUCUGUUACUAAACUGGACACACUCAAACUUCUUGUGGACAAUGGAGGAGAGAACAGGACCAAACCAGGACCCAGGAAAUACGGCUGUCAGCUCACACUGGAUCCAAACACGGCGAACAGAGGACUGUCCCUGUCUGAGGGGAACAGGAAGGUGACCCACACACUGGGGAGAGAGGAGCAGCCAUAUCCUGAUCAUCCAGAGAGAUUCAAGAACUGGCACCAGGUUAUGUGCAGAGAGUGUGUGUGUGAGCGCUGUUACUGGGAGGCUGAGUACAGUGUGUCUGAGGAAGGAGGGGUUUAUAUAGCAGUGGCAUACAAAGGAAUCAGCAGGAAAGGAAAGGACUCUGACAGUUUGUUUGGAGGGAAUAAAAACUCUUGGAGCCUGAGGCAUGUUAAACAGACUUACUCCGUGAGUCACAAUGAGAACGGCACACACCUACCUGGCACCCCCUCCCCCAACCGCAGAGAGGGAGUGUGUGGUGAUGAUGAUGGUGAUGGAGUGUGUGUGUACAGGGUAGGAGUGUGUGUGGACCGUCCAGCCGGCACUCUGUCCUUCUACAGCAUCUCUGACACGCUGACCCUACUGCACAGAUUCCACACACACUUCACUGAACACACACCCCUCUGCGCUGGAUUUGGAGUGUAUAACUCCUCAGUGUCCCUGCGCCAACUGGAGUAGAGUUUAUGUCUCUCUGAUACACAUACACACACAUAUGCAGUACGGGAACAAAUUUUGGAAACAUUGUGAUUUAAAAAAUGUAGUACUCUUGCUAAACAUUUAUCUAUGCCCUUUCUUUCGUUGGAGUGUUAGUAAUUAGCUAAAUAAUGGGCAUCAGUAAUUAGAAAUGCACAAGUAUUAAAGCCAAAAAAUAAUUUGCUUUGCAUAAAUAUUAUCAUUUUAUGUAGAAAAUACUGGACAAAGAAAUACAUGAUCAAUCGGAUGAUAAAAUUUCCAACAGUAAAAUACAAUAGACUGCUAAAAUAUGUAGGUAUGACACAGAUUUAACACAAAUACUAAUUAUUUCUAAAUGUUAAUUUUAUGUUGAUAUCACAUUUAUUACAUAUUGCAUUAAUUACAUAUCUAUUAAACUUAUUAUCUAUUAUUUCAAAAAGUCAGAUUGUUGCAAAAUAUUGCAUUAAUCAUCUCUGUUUAUAAAUGGGGGUUUCCAUAAAUUGUGCUAGUACUGUACAUUCUCACCCACACAUGCACACACACACACACACACAAACACACACACUUCUACAGUCUCACACUCACAUGCAUGCACACUCUCUCGCGCUCUCUCUUGCUCUCACACACACAUGCAAUCACACACAGGCACUCACUAAUUCGGAUUACAAUAUUUAAUGGUGAAAUAUUAAUGUUAAAUCUUGUAAAAUCCAGGGAAUCAUUAAUUUUACAGUAAAAUACUAAGUACAAUAUUUGGCUGGGAAAAAUUAUUGUUAAAUCUUGUAAAAGUCAGGGAAUUUUUAAGUGUACAUAAGAAAAUGGACUUUUAGGAGGUUCAGUUUAAGUUUGUUUCAGUUUGUCUAUGUUUUUACUUUUUUUUUAUUUUUUUUUUACAUGAUCUAUGUUUUUAUAUUUUAACACAAAAUUAUAUUUUAAAUGUAGAUAAUAUAUUUACUAGUAAUUCCCAAAUUAUUCCCAGACCAUUGUAAAUAUUGUAAAUGUUCAAUGUACUUUUGAUGGUUAAAAUAUGAAUAUAACAUAUGAAGAGUGUUAUACUGGCAAUAGAGUGCAUGGUAGAUGAUUUAGAAAUCUUACUUCUGUCUAUUGCAUCUUUGUAUAAACAAUUAGUUUCAAUGUGCAAUAUUCUGUGGGUGAAUGCAACUGAUAGGGAGAAUGCGGAAUUAUUCUUGCAGUGAACUAAUUUCCUUUCAUGACUGUAAAUAACAAUGGAUUGACAUUCUUAAUGUUUAUUUUGCUUGAAACCUUUUCAGUAGAUUUCAGUAGAGUUUAUGAUCAAUGUUCAUCAAUGAUUAAACCUGAAUAAAAAUAUUGAAUGUUUUUCAUGACCGGAGUCUUCAUGCCUACUUGAAACAGGUCUCGCUAGAGGAAGAGGUUUUCUCUCAAUGAG